AUGUUUUUAAAGGCUCUCCAGACUCAGAUGAGUCGAGUAUACUUACUCAGUUACAAGAGUCCUGUGAAUCCUGCAGACACCAUUCAAAAACAGUGUGGUGCUUGCCAGAUGAAACGUUACAGUGUUCAAGAUUAUCGGAAGAGCAUAAAGGAAAGUAGGAAUCAAGGGACAAAUCUUACUGCCAUCUCUAGUGAUGCAGUAGCUGGUGGUGCUUGUAAUGGUAUUUCAAACAGCAACCAAAGCCCCAGUGAUGACUCUGUGAAUGUUGUCUCUGUGAUGCCCAGCCAAGCACCGAGCUGUACAGAGAGCCAGGUGUCAGACAGAGACAAAGCCGGUGCCGUACUACAAUUCUCUGGAGUAUUUUUGGGUCUGGUUUGCAUGACGUUCACAGCCAUAGGGUGGACAAAUGACAAUGUCAGCCACAGUUAUGAGUGGACACCGCUGCUGGGGCCCAUUCUACUGUCAGUAGGAGAUACAUUCAUGCUCAAGUGCAAAUUCCGAAUUCUGUCCUGCCAGGCCUGCAAGCAGAAUGAUGGUGAGAGAACAUCAGGAACAGAUCCUCUGCUGCCCCUUUCAGGAACAUCAUUUGUCUUCACUGCAAUCAGCAUUACCUUCCACAGGGCCACGGUAGUCCAGUCCAUCCCACCACCAUAUGCCUCUGUGGUACAGGACCAAAGUUUGGGCCCUGUUAAUGGUUUACAUUCCAGUCACCAACCAUUAGCAUAUACAGUGAGCAAACCACCACAGUAUUACAGCAUGUAUCCCAUGGAAAACCCUGCUUUUAUUUACAGUGAAUAUGACAAAGCCACAGCUGAACAAAGGGAAAGCAGGAAUAACAGCAGCUCAGAGGAAGAGGGAAAAACAACUAGGCCGACAGCAGACAGCUUCUCCCUUCCACCUGCAUACAAGGACAUUUUUUCCACCUCCUCUUUGCGUCCUCUUGGGCUCCUGAGAACUGCAUGGCACGUGCGAGAGUCCGGUGAGGGCCACACGGGGGCAGAAAGAGUGUGGAAAUCCUGUUUCACCAACGCUGAGACUGACAUGAUUUUGGCUGCCUCAUUCUGGGUUCAGUUUGACCCCUUUGGACCUCAAAGUUCAGAGGUCACAUUUGCUGUGCAGCAAAUUAACCCAAUGCAUCAAACUUUGCAUGACACCAUGUUCAAUUUCCCUGUCCUGAUGGAGGUCCCAGCCAGACCAACAAGCCGUAAUCCGGCCUCGUUGAAGAGGCCCAGUCGGCCCCAUGGUGCAGCUCGUCCGUGGGACUCUCGGGCUUUCAUCUCAAUCUCCCUAGCUGCUCUAAUCUCUGAGCCCUCUGAAUCCCUAGAUGUUACAACCCCUGAGCCCUUGCUUCCUGUAGCUCCAUCUCCUGAGCCUCCUAGGAUGCUGCCUCCGGAGCCACCACUCCCUGCAGCUCCACCUCCUGAGACUCCACUAGACCCUGCCCCCUUCCUGGAGCCGCCACCCAGAAUUCCGGACCCCACACCCUUCCUGGAGCCACUUCUCUAG